AUGGCCAUAACAAAGAAAACCAGCCAACAUCAACACCUACUACUGGGAAAUUCGCUGCCUCUUCCAGGGACACUGCAACAAUAUCUCCUCUCCAGCCUACUAUCUCUAACGAUUCCCACACUCUACCAUCUCAACACCAUGUUUCCAUUUUACAAAACAAAAAAGAUCAAGAAUUCUUGCCGGCAAUGGGGUGAAUCUGUUCAGCCGUUUCAACAAUGUGGAGACAUCUCCAUCGCUCCAUCUUAUUCUGACAUUGGUGACCCUGUGUGGGAAUGUUUAAUUUGCCAAGCUUGCAUGUGGUAUGCAGAGCGCAAGAAUAUGAGAAAACAUACUACUGUUCCAAAAUUCGAAUUGUGUUGCAGGAGCGGUAAAAUUGUUUUACCCUACAUGAAACAACCACCGUUACUGUUAGAAAAGCUACUCCAUCACAAAACUGAUCCUGAGAGCAAAAACUUUCAAGCCAAUAUACGAACAUACAAUGCAAUGUUUUCGUUUACAUCUCUGAGAAUGAAAUUUGACACCAAGAUUCCCAAGGGAGGAGGUCCUCCAACGAUGCGCCUACACGGUCAAACAUGUCACCGGAUAGGCAGUCUUAUACCACCACAGGGUGCACUACCACAAUAUGCCCAAUUGUACAUUUACGACACUGACCACGAGAUUACAAAUAGAAUGCGUUGUUUCAAGGACAAUACAUCUAUUGAAACAUCUAUUGUAGCAAAGUUAAAGAGUAUGUUAGAUGAAGUUAAUGUUCUUGCCAAAGCGUUUCGAAUGGCAUGUGAUAUGUUUAAGGCCAAUCCAUACGUCGAAUUAAGGCUGAAACUUAUCAGUGACAGACAUGACGAUGGUCGUGUGUAUAAUAUGCCAACCGUUGCGGAAGUUGCUGCCCUUAUUGUUGGAGAUGUUGACACAGGUGAAAUGAGAGACAUUGUGGUCCAAUACCGGAGUGGUAAAUUACAAAGAAUAGAUGAGUUCAAUCCAAGUUAUCUUUCAUAUCAAUACCCAUUGAUUUUUUGCUACGGUGAAGAUGGAUACCGGAAUAAUAUCCUUCACAAGUAUCAAGAUGAGACAACUGUUACAAGGAAGAAUAGGCAGUCUAUCAAGGAUUGGCUGUGUUUUUGUCUCCAAGAAUGCACAGAUGAACCUAAAACAUUAUUGUACUCAAGGAAACUUUUCCAACAAUUUUUGGUUGAUGGUUACGCUAUGAUGGAAUCAGAACGUCUCAAUUGGUUGCAAAAAAAUCAAUCCAAGUUAAGGGUCGGAAAAUACAAUAAUUUGCAACGAAGGUGUGAGCAAGGAGACCAGAAUCCAGGUAACAAACAAGGUAAACAUGUUGUUCUACCAUCUUCUUUUGUGGGUAGAAAACGAUACAUGGAUCAACUUUACUUCGACGGUAUGGCAAUUUCAAGCAGAUUGGGGUUCCCAGAUUUGUUUAUCACCUUCACAUGCAACCCAAAUUGGCCUGAGAUUACACGGUUGUUAUCCCCGAAAAAUUUAAAACCUCAUGAUAGGCCUGACAUUGUUGCCAAAGUUUUCAACAUCAAGUUUAAAGAGCUUAUGAUUGAUUUAACAAAAAAACAUAUUCUUGGGAAAGUUUUGGCAUUUAUGUAUACAAUUGAGUUUCAAAAGCGAGGCUUACCCCAUGCCCACAUUUUGAUCUUCUUGCACCCUCAAAGCAAGUAUCCAACGCCGUCCGACAUUGAUAACAUCAUUUGUGCCGAGAUUCCUGAUCCUGCACUUCAUCCUGCUUUAUACGCACUGGUAAAAUCACAUAUGAUACAUGGACCGCGCGGUCUUUCGUGGCCUAAUUCACAAUGUAUGAGAAAUCAUCAAUGUUCUAAAUAUUAUCCAAAAAAUUUCAUCGAAGAUACAGUUGUUUAUGCUGAAGGUUAUCCAUUAUAUAGAAGAAGAUCCAACACCCAUGUAAUUACAAAAAAUAAUAUCAAGUUGGAUAAUAGAAAUGUCGUCCCCUAUAACACUCGGUUAUUGUUGAAAUAUCAAGCACAUAUUAAUAUGGAAUGGUGUAACCAAUGCACUUCUAUCAAGUAUCUAUUCAAAUAUAUUCACAAAGGAUAUGACAGAAUCGGUGCAAGUGUGGUUGCUUCUAAGUCAAACACCGGACUACAGCAUGAAUGUGUAGAUGAGAUCAAACAAUAUCUCGAUUGUAGGUAUGUUUCUCCGAGUGAGGCGUGUUGGCGAAUAUUUUCAUACAAGGUUCAUGGGAGGAAACCUGCUGUUGAGCGAAUGUUUUUCCAUCUCAUUGGUGAAAAGGCUGUCUAUUAUAAAGAUUGUGAACAAAUGGAACAUGUCUUAGAGAGUGCAAGCGUAACAGAAUCUAUGUUCACGUCUUGGCUGGUAGCAAAUGCAACAUAUGAGGAAGCCCAGUCAUUAACAUACGGUGAAUUUAUUACAAAGUUUGUUUAUGUUAAGAGAAACAGAUUUUGGAAACCACGAAAAAGAGGGUUCACUAUCGGACGUUUGGUGUGGGUUCCACCGACAACCGGGGAACUUUUCUAUUUGCGGAUGAUGUUGACGGUGGCUAAGGGACCAACUUGCUAUGAAGAUAUCAGGAAGGAGGCAAGUACUUGGGGGACAGGUCAUUAUCUUAGAAAGCUGUUUGUAGUUAUGCUCCUAUCAGGUGCUGUAAACCGUCCUGCCCAUGUAUGGAAAGAAUCAUGGAUUAUAUUGUUCGAUGGUCUCUUGUACGAGCAAAAACUAAUUGCCAACGAUCCAGAUUUAACAUUACCGGAUGACGCAAUCCAGCAGCUUACAUUGAUAGAGAUCGAAAAAAUGCUGCAACUGAACCAUCAUACCCUACAUGAUUUCAAGCCCAUUCCUUAUCCGAAUGACUAUGUUAUAUACGAUGAAAGACAGUACAAUAUCCAGGACAUGAAGGCGGAAUUUGAUAACCUAUUCAAAUGUCUCACUGAUGAACAGAGGAAGAUUUACGACCAAAUCAUGGAUGCCGUUAACAAACAACAAGGUGGUGUCUUCUUCCUGCACGGUUAUGGCGGAACCGGUAAGACAUAUACGUGGAGAACACUUGCAAGUGCAUUGAGAUCUAAGCAUGAGUUUUGUCUUAUUGUUGCAACAAGUGGGAUAGCAUCUCUUUUGUUGCCAGGGGGUCGUACAGCUCAUUCAAAGUUCAAGUUUCCAGUUCCAUGUCUCGAGAACUCAACUUGCAAAAUUAAUUUCAAUGACCCUAGCGCUGGUCUUCUAAGGGAGGCAAAGCUAAUUAUAUGGGAUGAGGCACCAAUGGCACACAAAUAUUGUUUUGAAACGCUGGACAGGACUUUGAAGGAUGUCAUGAGUAAUUACAGUAACUCCGAAACUAUUUUCGGAGGGAAGGUUGUGAUUUUUGGUGGGGAUUUUCGUCAGAUAUUACCCGUUGUACCCGGAGGAAGCCGUUCUAACAUUGUCCAUUCAACAAUUAACACUUCUUACAUUUGGCAUUAUGUUAAAGUCUUGAAUUUGACAAAAAACAUGCGUCUAUCCUCCGGACCAACUGAAGAAGAUAAAAAGGAAAUUGCGGAUUUUUCAGAUUGGCUUUUAAAGAUAGGAGAGGGAAGAAUUUCAGAACCUAACGACGGUUAUGCUAACAUUGACAUACCGCCCGAACUGUUAAUAACAGACUUCGACGACCCUAUUCUAGCCAUCAUGGAGAGUACAUAUCCUGAUUUCUUAAAUUGUUACCAAUCGUGUGAUUAUCUAAAAAAUAGGGCCAUUCUUGCUUCCACUUUGGACAUUGUUGACAAUAUCAAUGACCAUAUCCUUGCCAUGAUGCCAGGGGAAAUAAGAGAUUACUACAGCUCUAACUCAGUUGAUCAAUCAGAAAUCCAUGACAGCAACAUUCUUCAGGUGCUUAGCCCAAAAUUCCUCAGCUCUUUAAGAACUUCUGGCCUACCCAACCAUCACUUAAAGUUAAAGGUUGGAACACCAAUCAUGCUUAUGCAAAACAUUGAUCAAUCCCAAGGUCUAUGUAAUGGGACAAGGCUUAUAGUAACUAAUAUGGCUGCUCAUGUGCUUGAGGCCAAAUUGAUGGGUGAUAACAAUAAUGGGAAGGUUAUAUAUAUCCCGCGAAUGGAUAUGUCCCCGUCUCAAUCUCCUUGGCCAUUCAAGUUAUCGAGACGUCAAUUUCCGGUUAUUGUAGCCUACGCCAUGACCAUUAACAAAUCACAAGGCCAAUCGUUGGAUUGGGUUUGA